AUGAAGGUGAAAAUAUUAUCGCGGAAUCCUGAAGAUCACGUUAGAGAGCGUUCUUCUGAYAUUCACAAGUUACAUAGGAAUCUAGACCCUAGUUUACAUCCAUUUGAAGCACCCAGGGAGUACACAAGGGCGCUGAAUGCGACAAAAUUGGAGAGAGUAUUUGCGAAACCWUUCGUUGGAGCUCUAGACGGYCAUACAGAUGGAGUCAACUGCUUAGCUAGACAUCCUAAAAGUCUCUCUGUCUUGUUAUCGGGUUCCUGUGAUGGGGAACUNACCAAGAUCUCUACAUAUAAAACCAUCACACUACAUGUAAAUUUCAGCAUAAAAUUCCAGGCAUUGUUUGUUUGUUUAUGGAGUUAUUUUUAUCAGGUUGGAGAUGAUAAAGUUGUCAAGAUUUGGAGCAUGGAAGAAGCCUUAGGGACUUCAAACACUGAACCUUCAAAUACAAUCAUUGCAAAGACAAUGCUAACAGGCGUUGAUCAUAGUUGGAAGGAUGCAACAUUUGCUACAUGUGGACAACAACUUGACAUAUGGGACGACACAAGAGCAGCUCCYAUUAGAACAUUCACUUGGGGUGUGGAUACUGUACAUAGUGUGAAGUUUAACCCAGUAGAGACAAAUAUUCUUGCAAGUACAGCYAGUGAUCGUAGUGUUGUCCUCUAUGAUACCAGAGGCUCAGCACCAUUACGUAAGCUUGUCAUGGCAAUGCGAACUAACACAGUAGCAUGGAAUCCAAUGGAGGCUUAUAUYUUUACUACCGCCAACGAAGACUCUAACUUAUAUACCUAUGAUAUGAGGCGGAUGGACCAGGCUGUAAAUGUACAUAUGGACCAUGUAAUGGCAGUAUUAGAUGUCGACUAUGCACCGACAGGACAGGAAUUUGUAUCUGGAAGUUUUGAUAAAACAAUAAGAAUAUUUAAACGUGAUGGUGGACAUAGCAGGGAAGUGUACCAUACAAAACGCAUGCAGAGAGUUUUCUGUGUCARGUUUAGUGCAGAUUCCACAUUUGUGUUGUCRGGCAGCGACGAAACAAAUAUAAGAAUAUGGAAAGCAAAUGCCUCGCAAAAGCUUGGUGCUCUGGCACACAGAGAAAAAGCAGCUUUCUCAUAUUCAGCAAAACUAAAAGAACGUUUCAAGCAUCAUCCAGGAAUACGACGUAUUCAAAGGCAUCGACAUGUUCCUAGAGCCGUAUACAAGGCAGCAAUAGAAAAAAGAAUCAUCGCCGAAUCAGAGAAAAGAAAGUGAGUACACUUCUGCCAAUC